CUAAAUGAACAAUAUCUGAUAUUUUUUAUUAUAUUUACGACAAGCUGAAAGUCUUUUGAGCGUUUCCAUAUUAAGUUGAUGUUUUAACGAUGAGUAGUUUUUGAGAAAGAAACCAAACAACCAAUUAUAUAGGAGGUCAUGUGAUUCCGGAGGCCCUCGUUAUCUAUGAGAGAAGCCACCAGUCGAAGUUUGGCCACUUGAUUGCUGCAAACUGAAGUCCUCUACACGUAAAAGGGCGGACAGACGUGUAAUCUUUUGGGCUAGUGAAACAAUCUUCACGUCUUAAUUUCCUGCGACAUUGCCGACGACGCCAGUGCAAAACAUCUAGAAGGCCGGUUACAACGAGAGGGUGACGUUUACCGACAGAGAUGACUACAUUUAGACUGGGAUCCAGCUGUUCUGCAGAAAAAUGCACCAAUGUUUCUGUGCGUCGCUGGGAAGAAGAGGGUGAUGUUGAAGAUGUUGCUGAUCCAGACCGGCUGCUUCAGUGCCCGUAUGACAAGAAUCAUCAGAUCCGUGCCUGUCGCUUUCCCUACCACCUUAUCAAGUGUCAGAAGAACCACCCAAAAUUGGCUCAGGAGCUCAAGACGUGCCCAUUCAACGCACGCCACCUGAUGCCCAAGCAUGAGCUGUCACACCACAUUGCCAACUGUGUGGACAGAAGCUCUGUCAACACUGAAGACCUGGGCAGCAGCGAGGUCCGGAGCAAGUGGCAUGUCCCUGUGAACACCUGGGAAAACCCCAAGUGCAGUGAAGACUGGGAUAAAGAGAUUGAAGAGAGUCCUGGUACCACCUUCAUCUGGGGGGUGUCCACAUCUAAGCUAAACCAGGAGAGCUCCAGGGCAGAGACCAGGACCACAAACAGUCUCCCCCCUGGCCUGCGUGCUCCUACCACACUGCCGUGGAAGAACUGGGGGCGUUUGAUGGAACGCAUCUGGUGCGAUGUUGAUCUGAUUCUCCACCCAGGAUUGGCUGUAUUGCUUUUAUUUUCUUUCUGCAGAAAGGAAGAUGUCUCCCAUUUUGCUGUCAACGUGUGGGCUUGCGCAAGAACAUCGUUUCGCAUGCCUGGAAUGCAGAAGACCUUGUUUUUUAAGAAUGUGCACAAGCAUUUACACUGUUGAAUUUUAGUGGUGCUAGUUUUAGGUUUAGUGUUUGUUUUAAAGCCGUGCUUCUAUACUUUAUUUUAAAUUGCUUCAAAUAUUAGUUAUGGUGUCGGUUUCUAUUCUUGUAUUAAAGUCAACAAUUAUA